AUGGAUGAGAGACGCAUUGACAUUAAUAAUGAACAAUUAGAAAUAUUUAUUCAUACUAACAAAGAAAACUAUAGAACUCGUUACAUGUGUUAUAUUGAUUUACCACAAGGAACGGUUAAAGACCCAUUAACUGGCCGUCUAUAUACAUUUUCUGAAGGUGUUUUCAAAGAUAUAAUAACAUUAGAAGGUGCUCGAACAUUAAGUGAUUUACAAGGAUCAAUAACAUUAGAAACUUAUAUCACUUCUUACGUUAUAACAACCGGAGGCGUUAACACUGGUUCAACCACACUUAGCAUUAAUCCAACAACAACAACAACAACAACAACAAAUCAAUUUUCGAAUGACGAUCAGCAAUUAAUAUCACCUACAAGUGGUAAACGUGUUCGUUUCGUUUUACAACCGGCUCCCGAUGUUGUCUACAUAGACGAUAGUGAAGAUAAAACAACGUCAAAGCAUUCCUCAAUAAUUAUAACGGGUAGUGAAAACGUGUAUUCAAUACCAUCUAAAAAUACGUCUUCUGCCAUAACCACAAAAAUGGCUAUGCAUCGUUCACCAUCACGUACAAGCGUAUCAUCUCCUUCAAAUAUGUCAUUUGUUGAUGCGGUCAAUAAAAAAUAUCUAGAUUUGUCAACUGGUCGUUUUUCUUUUCUUUCCUCUUCUUCUUCCUAUUCUCCAUCCAUUGGUGAUGGUAGUAAUAGAACGAGUAAUAGUGGUGGCGGCCUGAAACAAAAAAAUUAUCAAGAAAAUGACUAUAAUUUUUCUUCUUCUUUUUCUCAUUCUCCCCAACAAAAAAAUAUUCAUUCGACGAAUAAUGUCGACAACGAUUCAUCACCAUUCAGUGCCACGACUAAUAGGGAACAACAACAACAACAACAAAAAAAAACAAUAACAUUGUCAUUGAAACAAGCUAUUGAUCAACAAAUAUUAAAUCCUUAUUCAGCCUACAUUGUCGAUACAUUAAAGCAAAAAAAUUAUAAUUUGAAUGAUGCAUAUACUCGGGGACUAAUAAUGGCUGCUACAACGGAUACAUCUCACACACAUGUUAUUGAUAGAAAAAAUCAAUCAAAACCAUAUGAAUUAGGCGAUGCACUCAAAUUGGGAAUAUUAAAAUUAGGGGAUGCAUCAUUAUCUCAAUCAUAUAAUAUAAUAUCAAAAACAGAAUCAUUAAUUAUAUCGAGUGUUUAUGAUCAUAAAUUAAAAACAUUUAUCGAACCAAACCAAGCUAUAAAAACAAAAAUAUUGGAUCCUUUUCACGGACUAUAUUAUAAUACCUCAUCGAAUGAAGCGAUAUCUAUUGAUGAUGCCAUGAAUAAAGGAUUUAUUCUUGUUCAACCACAAUCAUCAUCACCAUUAUCGACAUCGCGACAUCAUGGUAAUGAUAAAUAUGUCAUAUCAACCAGUCUUAUCAGAGAAACACGUUCUUAUCAUUUAUUGGGUGUAAUUGAUCAUGUUAAUAAAAAAGAACUAACUGUACAAGAAGCAAUUCGAUGUGGUAUACUCGAUAAACAAGGUGGACAAUAUAUAAAUAAAUUAACGGGUGAAAUAUUUUCAAUAAGUGAAGCUAUUUUACAUGGUCACAUUCGUGCACAACCAUUACCCGUUGUUAAUAAUGAUAAUGUGGUAGUAGAUGGUGUAUCAUCAUCAGGUGGUACUCAAUCAACAUCGUCGUCACAUAAACGUGGAACAGUAAAAGAAACAAAAACUUAUACAUUAAAAAGUGCUAUACAUCCAAGAACCAAAAAUGAAAUACCUAUUCGACAAGCCAUUGACGAAGGAAUUAUCGAUCAUGCUAACGGAUGUUAUGUUGAUUCAGUUAAAAAUGAAACAUUACCAAUUAGUAUUGCCAUUGAAAAAGGACUCAUAUUUACAGAAUUAAUCGAUCAACAUCCAAGAAAAUUUGUUAAAUCGUUGAUUAUUGAAGAAGUAGUUGAUGCAUCGACAAACCGUCGUCUCGGUGUUAACGAAGCAAUUCAAUCUGGUUUAUUAAAUCCAACUGUAACAACAUAUUAUCAUCCAAUAACAAAAAGACAUUUAACAAUAUUAGAAGCAUAUGAACAAGAAUUAAUUAUUGGUAAACUUCGCGAUAAUGUUCCAUCAACAUUUACAACGGGAAAUGAACAUCGUGAACAAGUAUUUUAUUUAAUUACUGGUAUUACUGAUGUAAGAACACAUCGUACUUACACGCUUCAAGAAGGUAUUCAACAUAAACUAUUUGAUCAUAAGAAAGGUGUUUACAUUCAUCCGUUAACUAAUGAAGAAAUAAAUAUUGGCGAUGCUGUUAAAAAAGGUUUUAUUCAAGUAAAAGCCGUCUCGUCUGAAAUAGCAUUUAUGACUGAUAGUACAGAUAAAUAUCGUCGUUCUGCCUAUAUAAGUCAACAACCUUAUACCGAUUCAUCUACUCACGAUAGUCGUAGUAAAGUAUCGAUACGUAUUGAAUCGAAUGCUCGUCCUCGUACACCAUAUGAAAUAAACGAAUAUGAAACAUUAUUAGAGAGCGGUGGACGUAAAGAAAAUGAUGUUAUUGAAAUUGAGUCGCUUAAUCGUGUUCCACGUCAUCGUCGUACACAUCAUACAACACAAGAAGAAAUUAUUGAACAAUAUACAACCAAUGUAAUGGAUAAACAAGUUGUUAUCGAUCGUACACAACGAUCAAAAUCUCGUGAAAGACCAAAACGUAUUGAAGAAGUUGUUAUAGAUGAAACAGUACGGCGUGGAAAAGCCGUUGAUAUUAAAGAUGAUAAAUAUAUGUCACAUCGUGAAAUUGUUAUUGAUAGUGAUCGAAAAGUACCACAGGUACCAGUACGUCCUCCACCAAAAGAUUAUCUUGUUAUUAACGGUUCAACUAGACACGAUGAAAGAGAAGUAAUAAACUUGAUACCAACACCUCAACGACCAGCACCGCCAGUUCAUCACGGAGAAGUUCAUAUUGAGGAACGUUAUCGCGAGGACGUAUCAUCAAGAGACUUUAUUGAUAUUCCUGAUCAUGUACCACAUAAACCAGUAACAAAUGGAAAAAUAUCAGUCGAAAAGCGAACAGAUGAAUGGUUAACAUCCAUCGAAAAUUAUGAUGAAAAUCAAUCUUGGUCAGAAGAUGAAUGGGAACAAUGGCAUUGUGUAAUAAUGGUAGAAGGACAAGCCUAUCGUAUUGUUUGGGUUAUGAAUACACUAACAGGCGAUCGUUUACCAUUACAUAAAGCUUUUCAACGUGGACUUGUCGAUACUAAGGAACGUUUAUUUUUUGAUCAAAAAUUAGGAAAAUCUUAUACAUUUGAACAGGCUGUUGAAUUAGGUUAUAUGGGUAUUGAACCCGAUACAGCUUCGUUACCAUUAAAAGUUGAUACAAUUGAUUAUAUGAUUCACUGGGUAUUAGAACCAUCUACUAAACGACGAAUAUUUCCACGUCAAGCAGUUAAAAAACAUAUAUUAGAUGUGAAAAAUUUAAGAUAUGUAAAUCCGUAUAAUAAUUCAAAUGUGUCUAUUCAUGAAGCUAUCCAUCUAAAGUUUAUUGGUGCAACAGAAUAUGGUUCACAAACAGAUUCUAUCACUAUAAAUAUAAAAGGUCAAACGUAUGUAAUUAAAUGGGUCUAUGAUACACGAAAUAUGAAAAAAUGUUUACCACGUGAAGCAUUAAAAUUAGGCUUAUUAGAUAUACACUUGAAUCAAUAUCGAAAAUUUGAUACAAACGAUGUAAUGACAAUUUUGGAUGCUAUUCAAGCUGGUUAUAUUAAAUGUACGGAUGAUGAUUCGAGUUCAGAAGGAUCAAUUAAACCACCAUCAAUUAUUUCAGUCGAUGAAGACGAACUAACAAUAGCAACAAAAACGGCUACAUAUGUUAUUACAAGUGUUAUACAUCCAGUGACACAAAAAGAAAUUAAAGUUUCAGAAGCAAUCGAUUUGGGAAUAUUAGAUAAAGAAACAGGUAGUUAUCGUGAUUUAAGUACAAAUGUAACAUACGAAUUAGCUGAAGCCAUUAAUGAAGGUCUUGUUUAUGCUACUAUAAUUGAAACAAAAGAAGAUACAGAAAUGAUGACAUCGUCUCUACAAGAAAUUGUUAAAAAAUUUAUUGUUAUAAGUGUAGCAGUUGAUAGUGAAUCUACGGAGAAAAUUGGUGGUUUAGAAGCACAAGCUGUAGGAAUAUUGAAUUAUGCUCAAGGUGUUUAUCAUGAUAGAAAAUAUGGAAUUAAAAUUCCAUUAGAUAAAGCAAUUGAAAAGAAAUUACUUGAUGUUCAAUUAGUUAGUCAGAAAAAAUUUGAAGAAUAUGAUUUAGAAUUAAUAACGGAUACCAUAACGGAAAAACGUGUAACAUUAUAUAAAAUACAUGGUGUAAGAAAUAAUGUACUAGAUCGAAUGGAAUCAGGAGCAGUGGCAGUGAAGGGACAAAUGAUCGAUACAGAAGCAAAAACUUACACAGAUUUUUCAACAGGCGAAACAAUGUCAAUACAAGAAGCAGUUAAUAGAAAUUUAAUACAAGCAGAAAUAAGUGAACAUGUUGAAAGAAAACCACUUGGUUUGUCGAUGCAAAAUGCUAUACGUCUAGGUUUUUAUACAGCUGAAACAGGCACAUUCCGUGAUCCGGCCACUGAACAAUAUUUGACGUUAAAUGAAGCCAUUGAUCAUGGACAUAUUCAUCCAACUGGUGUUGCUUUCUGUGAUAGUGAACGUGGUCCAAUUAGUUUGUACGAAGCGAUGAGUUUGGGUUUGAUUAAUCGUCGUGAUGGAGGCAAACUGAAUAUGGCUAAAAUAAAACUGUUUAGUGCUAAAUUAGUUGAAUCAAAAUUACACCGUAUGAAUGUUGAAGAUGCUAUACGAUGUGGACUAUUAAAUUUACGUACCGGCUUAUAUAAACAUCCACAUAGUGGUGAACAAUUAAGUUUGAAAGAAGCGAUACAGCGAGGUUUAAUUGAUGGACAAUCAACGGUUAUCGAACAUCCAUCAAAUGGACAAUAUAUGACAUUGAAACAAGCAUUAGAAGGAAUAAGAAUUGAUCAAGAGGGUCAAGUAAUUGACUUAUAUACACAAAAAAUAAUAACAACAUUAGAAUUAGCAUUUAAUCAUCGAAAAUUAUUUUCAAUGUUUGAUGUGAAUGCAGGUGAAAUAUUUAUACCAUCUCAAAAUGAAUCAGUUGGCUUUGAAAAAGCAAUAAGAAAAAAUUUAUUAGAUAAUAAAAUAAAAUUAUUUGAUCCCAAAACAAGUAAAGAAUAUACGAUACAAGAUGCGAUUGAACGAGGACUAAUCGAUCAUGAAAGUGGAUUGUUCUAUGAUCCACGUACAAGACAACAGUAUUCUAUACGUGAAGCAAUUCGUCAUGGUUUGAUAGCAGUUGUUGGUGCGCCUUUAGUACCAAUUAAAGCCGAUCAUGAAACAGUAGCUGCAAAAAUAACAUCGAGAAAACAUCGUCGACAUUCAUUAGCUAAAAGUUCAUUACAUUAUGAUUAUAACAGUGCACCAGAUUCAGCCGAUGAAGAUUCAUUAUCAGGUGGACAUGGAUGGCAUAAAGUAAAAGCAACAAGACAUCAUAGUGGCCAAGAUGAUAGUCUAUCGAGUAGCGGAAGAAGACGAACAGGAUCGUCACCGGGUGCUGCCGAACGAGCAAGAAUAACAAAAUUUUCUAAGACAUGUCGAGAUGAUGAUUGGACAACACCAAAACGUUUUGAUAGAGACGAUGAUGAUGAUGACGAUCAUUUUACACGAAGACAUUUUCAUAGUGGUGGUGGCGGAGAUAAUACGUUUUUCUCAAGUACUAGUAGAACACAAAAUAAUGGUGGUACAACAACUACACAACAAAGACGAAAUUUCAGUGGACAACAGCAACAUUUGGCAAAAACGCCAAUUUCAAUUGAAAAAAAUACAGAUGGUUGGUGUCUUUACUUUGUUGCGUAA